AUGAUCUUCUCCAUCCUAACGGCUAUCUCACUGAUAGCAGCAGCAGCACAGGAUAGAUACUUUGAUCGAUUGUUCCCGACUCAGCCGCCACCGAGUAAUGCUCAUGCGACCCCUGAACCAGCGAUCGAUGCCGGCCCUAGCACAUUCCAAAAGCUCCUUAGCCUUGACAUGACUACUCACCCAAAGCUGCACCCAAGCGACUGCACCAUCAUAAUCCCCACCGUCGACCCCGAGAAUGCAGGCUUCAAAGAGUGCCUGACCACCGUCCUGACCAACCAUCCAGCCGUCAUCUUGAUCGUCACAGUCGGCUUAGACAAGCAAGAUCUUGUUGAAAGAGUGAUCAAGGAGUUUAACCACGGCAAAACAAAAAUUCGAGCAAUGCAGCAAGCUCUCGCAAACAAACGUCGCCAAGUCGCUUUCGCGCUACCACACGUCCAGACGGAGAUUGUGGUGCUGGUGGACGAUCACGUUUACUGGCCAUCUGAGAAGUUCCUCCCUACCAUCCUGGCGCCGUUCGAGGACCCGAAAGACUGUGUUUAUCUCAAGCGACACAACUUCGAGAUCGCCGCGACUAAUGCGAUUGAUGGUGGAGUCUUUGUGCUGAGUGGGAGGACAUCCGCGCAUAGGACUGUGAUCCUGCAGGAUCCGCAGUUUAUCGAGGGACUCAGCAAUGAGAUGUUCUUCUUCGGGAAGUUUGGACCGAUCAAUCCGGAUGAUGAUAACUUCAUUACGAGGUGGGAGGUGAAGAAGGGAUGGAAGUUGAGGAUCCAAUAUUGUGAUGAUGCGAGGAUCGAGACGGAUCUGGGGAAUAAGGAGAAGUGGUCUCAACAGUGUCUGAGGUGGGUCCGGACGACGUGGAGGAGCAAUAGCUGUUCCCUCUUCACGGAUCGAGUCGUUUGGUGGCGCCAGCCUUGGUGUGUCUAUGCUGUGUACUGGACCUCCUUCUUCAACUUUGCGUUGUUCUAUGACGCGGCGCUGUUACUGACCCUGUGGAAGACGACUUUUGGUGGGCAAGGCUGGACUCCGACUGUCAUUCUUGCUGUUUGGAUCUUCUUGAGCAAGAUGAUCAAGUUGAUCCCACAUUUCAGGAGAUGUCCGGCGGAUGUUCUCCUGAUUCCGUGGUACCUGGGGUUUGCCUACUACCAUAGUUGGCUGAAGCCGAAGGCGCUCUUCACAUUCUGGGACUGCACUUGGGGAGGUCGAAACAUUGCUGCCAUCAAUGCUGAGGCGGCGAAGAGUGGUGCUUCUCCAGCGAAGGUUCGGCCGACUACCCCUGGGCGUCAGUCGAGUGGCUGUCAUUUCCCAAGAACAUCAGAGUAA